UCUAUCGAUUCUGUGUUGAUUCCAUGUGACGUCAGAUGUGAAUCUAUUUAAUAUUAAAAAAAUGAAUGUAGGUGACGAGGGUAACUAAUAAACAAACAUUUUUUUUUCAAAAUUUUCUCGUAAACAUGAACGAAUAAAGUUAUUAGGUUGAUAAGAACUAAAUUAGUAUGUUUCCUUUGGCAAUUUUACGAAAUUUUAACAAAUUUAGACCAAGAAUCUGCCGUGUGCCUAGUUGUCGGAGGUUCUGUUCAGAUGACUGCGGCGAAGAAAGAAAAGGGCUAAUACUGGGCGUAUACGAGGGAGAGAACAACGAGACCCUCUUUACAAAAGCGGCAUCAAAAUUCAACGAUCAUUCAGGCGGAAAAUUAUACGAAUUAUUAAAAAAAGCUGGUAGCGAUAUUCGAAAGGGUCAAGCAAAAGUUUUCAACAAUGUCGACAAGGAGUUCUGGGGCGUUGCCGUAGUUGGAUUGGGAAGAGAAAAUCUGGGUUACAAUGAAUUGGAAGCUAUCGAUGAAGGUCUGGAAGCUGUCCGGGAAGCGGCUGGAAUGGGUGCUCAGCUCCUGAAAGAACAAGGCGCUACGAGAAUUCUGGUAGAAGGAUUAGGUCAUCCGGAACAAGCAGCCGAAGGCACUGCAUUAGCUCUAUGGCGGUAUCAGGAGAACAGAUCCCGUCAAUAUUGGCAAGUGAUACCAACUUUGGAGCUUUUCGACGAUUGCGAUGCGGAAAGUUUCCAACGAGGUUUGUUUAAGGCGGAAUCUCAGAAUUUAGCCAGGCGUUUGUCGGACACGCCAGCCAAUCAAAUGACGCCAUUGCAUUUCGCUCAAGAAGCCGUAAACGAGUUGUGUCCUUGCGGUAUCAAAGUUAUGGUACACGAUAAGGAUUGGAUCGAAUUGAAACGGAUGAAUGCGUUUCUUACUGUAGCUAGAGGAUCCUGCGAACCGCCUGUUUUCCUGGAAAUAUCAUACUGUGGAGCUCCUGUUGACCAAAAACCUGUUUUGAUGGUUGGCAAAGGAAUUACGUUCGAUGCUGGUGGUUUGUGUUUGAAAAAAUGCGAGGGUAUGGGCCGAUUCAGAGCCGAUAUGACAGGAGCAGCGGCUAUAGUAGCUGCCAUUCGAGCUGCUUCUGCCUUAAGUCUUCCAAUAAACAUUGACGCCGUUAUUCCUCUAUGUGAAAACAUGCCGAGCGGAAUGGCGAUGAGAGUUGGUGACGUAAUAAUGAGUCUUAAUAAUAAAUCUAUCAGGAUAACUGACACUGAUAACGAAGGAAGACUUAUAUUAGCUGACGCUCUUAUUUACGGUCAAGGUGUGUCUCAUCCACGAUUGAUAAUCGAUGUCGCUAGCUUAACUCCCGGAGUCAGGGCUGCACUAGGUUCAGCAGCGUCCGGAGUAUUUACGAAUUCCCAAACUAUGUGGUCGCAAGUUCGUAAAGCGGGCGUUAUUACGGGUGACAGAUGUUGGAGGCUGCCUUUAUGGAAAUUCUUUAUUAAAAAAGUGACUCGUUUCCCGUCACACGAUGUCGAUAAUAAAGGCUUGGGACACGGAUCUAGUUGUCUGGGGGCAGCGUUUCUGAACGAAUUUAUAGAUUGCGUCGACUGGAUUCACUUCGAUACAACUGGUGUAGGUUUUCACAGCGAACAUAAAGUUUACUCCUAUUUAACCAAGGGACGGAUGACCGGUAGACCUACACGUACUUUGAUUCAACUCCUUUAUCAAUUGUCUUGUCCGUCAGAGGGACAGCGAAAAAUUGAAUAAAUCUUCACAAAUCAAUGUUACAAAACAAUUUUUUUUUUCUCGACGUUUAUCUAACCAUUAUAAUUGAAAACCUAUCCUGGAAUCAUGGCAUGUAUUAACAUGGAAAAAAAUUCUUUUUCCAAAUAUUUUCUCGACGUAUGCUAAAGUAACUAGGUAGGGAAGUGGGAUUAUCAAGGAAGAUCGUUAUUGUUAUGAACAAUGUACGAUUAAAAUUUUUAUUUGGGAUGACUUAAUAAAAAGACAGCUGGUCACUGUCAACCGAUAGAAACGUUUUAAGCUUAAUAAUUUUUCAAUAUGCUGUAGGUUUUACAAUCCCUCUGACUAAAUGUAUCAGGCACAUCUGAACUAACUUAUAAGUCCCGCAUUCGUCCUAAAAUAUAUUAGUUGUAACUGAUUAUAAUAGUGUGUUGUAACUGUUGUAUCUGUCGAGCUUGUAUUGUCCCUUGCUACUUACAAUUAUGGAUUGUAAAUAUAAAACUAUAAACAAAUAAAUUUAUUGAAUCAACAGAA